AUGAAGAGUCCUGCACAUGAGACAUCCUCGACAUCCUCUAUCGAGGAUGUCUCCCUCGCGCAAACCUCCACCAACCCACCCAAAACAUUCCGGGAGUUGGGUGUGAUCGAUUCGCUAUGUGAAGCAUGCGACUCCCUCGGUUACUCAACACCAACACCAAUCCAAGCGCAUUGCAUUCCGGUCGCACUACAAGGAAGAGAUCUCAUCGGCCUCGCUGAGACUGGGAGUGGAAAGACCGCAGCUUUCACCAUUCCUCUACUUCAAGCGCUCAUGGACAAUCCCCAACAAUAUCAUUCGCUCAUACUUGCGCCAACCCGUGAACUAGCCCAGCAGAUCUCGCAGACCGUUAAAGCCUUGGGGGCUUUCAUCUCUGUACGAUGCGCAUUAUUGAUUGGAGGAGUGGACAUGAUUCCGCAGGCUAUCGCCCUGGCGAAGAAGCCUCAUGUCAUUGUCGCGACCCCGGGCCGUCUCCUUGAUCACCUUGAAAACACCAAAGGAUUCUCCCUGAGACACCUGAAAUAUCUGGUGCUAGAUGAGGCCGAUCGACUUCUUGACCUGGACUUUGGCCCCAUUCUAGACAAGCUUCUACGACUUCUACCAAGUCGAAAAACCUAUCUUUUCUCAGCCACAAUUUCCAGCAAAGUCGAAUCUCUCCAACGGGCGUCAUUAUCGAACCCGGCAAAAAUCUCAGUUUCAACAAAGAACCAGACAGCCACAAACCUACUACAGUCCUACUUGUUCAUCCCACAUAAGUUCAAGGAUAUCUAUCUUGUCCACUUAUUGAAUGAGCUAGCAGGUCAAAUGGGUAUUCUCUUCACUCGUACGAUCAUGGAAACCCAGCGGUUGGCUCUUUUGCUACGAAACCUCGGCUUUCCUGCCAUCCCGAUUCAUGGUCAACUUUCUCAGAGCGCCCGCCUUGGAUCUUUGAAUAAAUUUCGCACGCGGUCUCGGACUCUGCUCAUUGCGACCGAUGUUGCGGCUCGUGGAUUAGAUAUUCCAGCGGUUGAUUUCGUUAUCAAUUGCGAUCUUCCCCAAGACAGCAAAACCUACAUUCACCGAGUAGGAAGAACUGCACGUGCGGGAAAGAGUGGAAGGGCUUUCUCUGUUGUCACUCAAUAUGAUGUGGAGGUAUGGCUGCGGAUCGAGAGCGCCCUUGGAAAGAAAGUAGACGAACAUAAACCGGAGAAAGAUGAAGUGAUGAUAUUCGCAGACCGAGUGCAUGACGCACAAAGAAUAGCCAUCUCGGCUUUAAGGGAGCAGAACCAAGAUGGCAAGGGUGCGAGGAGCAAAGGUGGCAGUAGGCAUAGAAAGCGCGGCAGAGAUGAAAUGGAUCAAGAAGAGGCUUGA